AUGGUCGCCCCUCUUUUCUGCCCUCGCUCUGGGCCUGGAGCCUCGAGCAAAGCCUGGAGCCUCCUGCUGCUGCUGCUCCUCCUGCCCCCCGCCCGGGAUGCAAUCAUGGCGCACAGGUGCCCCUUCAGGAAGGAGGUGUUGAACCGCAGCGUGGCCUGCGGCCAGCGUCACAUGCCGGGAAAGAUCGCAGGGGGCAUGGACGCCCCUGAGAAGAAGUGGCCAUGGCAGGUCAGCUUGCACUACGCGGGCUUCCACAUCUGCGGUGGGUCCAUCAUCGAUGAGUACUGGGUCCUGUCAGCAGCCCACUGCUUUAGCAAGGACAACCACACUGAGGCAUUUGAUGUGUAUGUGGGCCUUGUGCACCUCAAGAUCGCAGGCAGUCAUACCCAGUGGUUUGAGGUGAAUAAAAUUGUCAUGCAUCACACAUAUGAAGCGUACCACCCUGUUGGAGGUGACAUCGCUCUGGUGCAGCUGAAAUCUCGCAUUGUAUUUUCUGACUCUGUACUCCCCAUCUGCCUUGCAACCCCAGACAUGAACCUUCAGAACCUUACCUGCUGGGCUACAGGCUGGGGACUCAUCUCCCCAAAAGGCUACUCCUCAGACCACCUACAAGAGGUGCAGGUGCCUCUGAUCCCAGUGAUCUUGUGCCAGCUGCUCUAUGGACAUCCAUCAUACAUUCUGCCGGACAUGAUUUGUGCUGGGGACAUCGGGGAUAUGAAGACCGUGUGCGAGGGUGAUUCUGGGGGCCCACUCGUCUGUGAAUUCAACCGUGUCUGGGUGCAAGUUGGAAUAGUGAGCUGGGGCCGAGGUUGCAUGUUCCCUAUGUAUCCUGCAGUUUACACUCGAGUCUCCUAUUUCUCCACAUGGAUCCAACAUCAGAUAACACACACACCCCCACCUUGUCAGCCACUUCCCACCCUCUCCUCCACUCUAGGGGCCUCCGUCAGUGUCCUUAUGACCAUGAUGGCCUUCCUGACAAUGUUGUGA